AUGGGCGGUAAACCAUGGCAGUCGACAGGCUGCGAGAAUUGUAAGAAGCGGAAAGUCAAGGUCGGCGUCUAUCCCCUUGAUUACGUGAUAUCAAUGCUAAUGACCACCCAGUGCGAUAAACAAGAGCCAGAAUGUGAACGUUGCAUGAAGCGGGGCAUUCAAUGUCCUGGAUAUGAUCAAUAUCGGAUAUUUCUCCACAAUACAUCCACUACCCAACCAGAAGAGAAGAAGAAUAAGAAGCCGACGAGUUCGAAACAAACAUUUGCGACUCAGGCCCGGACUCAGACCCAGCCUGGAUAUCUUACCCGCGCAAGGCCGGUGACCAUACAACAGCCAACCACCGUGCACAAUGGCCCGUCAAAGCGUGAGCAGCUCUUCUCAGUAUACGUUAAUACAUACUUUCCUGGAAAUGUGUCGGGGAGUACCGCCCUUGAUCCGUGGUAUAGCUUGCUUUCAGGGGUCUCUGCCCUUCCGAACAAACCUAUAAUGCUGGAAAAGGCCGUUGCAGCCAAAGCCUGUAUUUUCUUGGGCAGAGCCAAUCAUGAUGAUAGCAUGUUCUAUCAUGGACUUCAGCUAUACAACAGUGCAAUACACCAUAUGUCACUUCACCUUAGGCGGAAGCGCAAUAUUUACACCGAUGAGCUUGUCUAUACCAUUGCUGUUUUCCAUCAACUAGUGCUUCAAUCAUUAUCACCACUACAAGCGAAAGAAGCGAUAGACCCGGUCGCACAUGAGUUCCAUUCUUCUUUGAUGUCAAUCGAAGACAAGUCGGUCGAUGAGAUGUUACAACUCAUGUCGGAGAUUUCACCUCUCAUCACUGCCUUGACUAUGGUUGAUGGCUCUGAUCACGAUGCCUGCAAAAUAUUUUUAUACGACUGCAUAAUGCACAGACAAAAGCUAUUCGAUUGGUACGAGUCAAGCAUCAACCUGCUUGGUGGCCGCCCAUCGAUCUGUGAAACAAUAAUCACCAAACUACCUCCAUCAACCCAUCUUUUCGGCACCCCGUACAUUUUCCACUCGCUUGACAACGCUAGGGUGCACACUAUUUACUGGGCUGCGUUAUCUAUACUUCAGACGUUGAUGGGUCAAGCCGAGUCGUACCUCAAUUGUCUUUCGCCAGUAGAAGCCGCCACCAACGAGGAGACCUUGCUUGCGGAGUUCUAUGCCGAUGAAAUCAGUCGCUCUCUUCCGUACUGUCUAGCCGAUAAUAUGAAGUCCUGGGGUGGCCAUGCAGCGAUCUUUCCUCUAAGUCAAAGUUGCAAGUUUUAUAUGGAGUUCAAACGACGAGACAAGUAUAUCUUCAGCCAACAGGCCAUGCAACUUCUCGGUGAUCUUGGAUCCGACUUUGCUAAGCGCGUGAGUGAGAUGCUUUGGUACGGGUGGAGUCUCAUUGAGAGUGCCGAUCAGAGGACCACUGCAUCCUUGUCCCCGGUCGAGGAGAUAUCUCCCUUGGCGGAACAUGUGGCGAUUACGAAGGUGCCGGAUCUUGAAUAUAUCACACCGGAAAGCAUCUGA